GUUGUUCAAUAGAAAAAGGUUUAAAUGUUUAAAGUUCAUAAAUAGUGGUCAUAGCAUUCCAACUUCUAAAUUAAGCCAGUUGGGGUAUGCGUUUUCUAAGCUGGGUCCAACAAAGCAAGAUAUUGAAAUUGACAGAGAUUCAAAGAUUCCAAAUAUGGCACCAAUUCUGGAAGUAUAUAUGAAACACAGAAAGAUGAGAUCUGAAAUUAUUUCAGAUAGAGCAGAUCAUGAGGAUAUACCACAAGUUGAACCACAGUCUGUUGAUGAUAGUUUGUUGAAAGAAUCAGAUGAGGGAAAUGUCAAAAUAAAGAUAGAAACCCCAUCAGACAAUAUUAACAUUGAUCACAAUGAAGAGUCUGAUAGUCAUUUUCCUAUUGAAAAUACAGAUUUAGGAGGAAAGAAAAAACAAACUGUUGAGCUUUCUGUUCACCAAAUAUUCAGCAAUGAUAAUGAUGAUGAUAACAAUGAAAACAUGGAGGCUGAAAGUCUAGAUGGUGAAUGCAUUCAGAAAAAAGAUUUUGUUAGAACUGAGAGAAGAAUGAGGCAAAAUGUGAAUUUGUUCAAUAGAAAUAGGCAUAAAUGUUUAAAGUUCAUAAAUAGUGGUCAUAGCAUUCCAUUUCAUAAAUUAAGCCAGUUGGGGUAUGCAUUUUCUAAACUUACUCCAACAAAGCAAAAUAUUGAAAUUGAUAGCUAUUCAAAGAUUCCAAAAAUGGCACCAAUUCUAGAAGUAUAUAUGAAACGCAGACAGAUGAGAUCUGAAGAUAUUUCAGAUAAAGCAGAUCAUGAGGAUAUACCGCAAGUUGAAUCACAGUCUGUUGAUGAUAUUUUGGUGGGAGAAUCAGACAAGGGAAAUGUCAAAAUAAAAAUGGAAACAACAAUUGACAAUGGAGACAAUAUUAACAUUAAUGCAGAACAAAUUGCGUCUCUAAAUUGUGACUAUGAAGAUCAUAGUAACAGUAAUACUGAAUGUGUUGUUCCUUUGAUGGACAUCAUUGUCAAGCCUAAGGAAGCAUAUGGUGAAUGUUCUGAGAGAACACAAAGAAAAAUAGAUGUGAACUUGACUAAAAUAUAUUAUGAUGUCAAGCACCAAUGUUUAGAAUAUAUUAAUAAAUAUGGAAGUAUUUCAAAUACCAAGUUAAAACGUUUGAAGUAUAGGUUUUCCCAGCUGACCCGAGUAAAGCAAAAUAGUGAAAUUAAAAAGU